AGCAGUAGCUGCAGCUGGUCCUCUGCUCUCCUGUCCUGUCCUGUCCUGCUCCCUUGCACCUCGCUCCUGCUGAUCCUGCGGCCCUCCUCCUCUUCCCCUCCCUUCCCUGUACCUGGGCACCAUGCCCCGGCCUCAGCCCAGGAGAUGCAGGGUCCCCGGGGUGCCCCCUCUCUGCAGCCUGGCGCUGCUUCUCUUCUGGCAGCUGGUGAGGACCCAGGCAGCAGCUGACCCCGUGGAUGUACUGAAGGGCCUCCAAUUCCAUACACAACCUGAGGGCGUAAAGAGGAUACCUGGCUUCUGCCCAGCCCGACGUUCAAGCACUGGUGGAGAUGUGGCCUACAAGAUUUCCAAGCAAGCUCAGAUCAGCGCCCCCACGCGGCAACUUUUCCCAGGUAAAUUCCCAGAGGACUUUUCAGUCAUGGCGCUGGUACGGGCUAAGAGUGGCUUGCAAGCGUUCCUCUUGUCCAUCUACAACGAGCAAGGAGUCCAGCAGCUCGGGGUGGAGUUGGGACGUUCUCCUGUCUUCCUCUAUGAGGACCAAAAUGGGAAACCAGCUCCUGAAGACUACCCAAUAUUCAGCGGGGUCAAUUUAGCCGAUGGAAAAUGGCACCGUAUAGCUUUAAGUGUACAGAAGAAAUCCAUCACCUUAAUAUUGGACUGUAAGAAGAAGAUUACCAAGCCAUUGCCUCGAGGAAACAAACCCGUUGUGGACACCAAAGGGAUAACAGUGUUUGGGACGCGAAUUCUGGAUGAAGAAUCAUUCGAGGGCGACAUUCAACAACUACUUAUAGCAAACAAUGCUCAGGCAGCUUAUGACUACUGUGAACACUACAGUCCGGACUGCGACUCUGCUCUGCUCAACACUCCUCAAGCCCAGGAUCCUAACACAAGGCAAGAUUAUGCAGAGGAAGAGGUGGAGUAUUAUGAAUAUCCGUACUAUUAUGACAAUAAGGAGGAAGGGACGUCUGCCCCACCUACUGCAAGUGCCCCUGAAGGGGGUGCCGUUGAGCAGAAAAACAAAGCCAAAAAUCCCAAGCCACCGGCCAAGUCGAAGUCAAAGGUGCCUCCUCCUGCAAAGAGUACUGGCAAGGUGAAAAAUGGUGUUGUAGGCAAGGCCCCUGCCAAGCGAAACACCCCAGUGAAAAAUUCUGUGGGCAAAGCACAGCCCAAAAAGAAAAACUUCGCCGCCGCCAAGAGGAGGAACGUGGGGAAUAGUUACCAGCAGGACCCUGCCCAGACCCCUGAACCUGUCUUGACCCCUGAGCCUAUCGUGGUAGAACAGAGUCCAGAUUAUACUGUAUCACCAAAUGAGGAGGAUGUUUAUGAGGUUUGGGAGGAAGAGCUUACUCAAGAAGUUCCAACCAUUCCACAGGAAAAGGAACCUGCUCCUUCUACAGAUGUCAAGGGUAGUGAUUCCUUCAUAGAGGAAUAUGUGACCGGAGAGGAGGAAAAUCCAACAGUCGGGCUGGACUAUGAGUAUGUGUACAAGGACUAUCAUGAGGGUUCGGAGAGUACACACCUGGGUCCAGUCCUCUCUGCAGAGACUCCUGAGAGUGGAGGUGCUAUCAGCGGUCCCCGUGGGAUUAAAGGAGAAAAAGGUGACCCAGCUCACUUGGAAUCGGGUAUGUUUGUCGAGGGUCCACCAGGGCCUGAAGGACCUGCGGGUCAGUCUGGUCCCCCUGGAAUAACAGGCCAUCCCGGACCUGUUGGUGAACCUGGAGAGAGGGGUCCUCCAGGAAGAGCCGGCCUCGCUGGAGCCAAUGGAUUGCCAGGACAGCCCGGUAGCUCCGUUAUGCUUCCUUUCCGGUUUGGAGCCGGCGGUGGUGACAAGGGGCCAGUAGUCGCCGCACAAGAAGCUCAAGCAGCCGCCAUUUUACAGCAGGCCAGGUUGGCUCUGCGUGGGGCUCCUGGACCAAUGGGUUAUACCGGACGCUCAGGAGCCUUGGGCCCACCAGGAAGUCCUGGAUUAAAGGGUGAACAAGGAGAUCUAGGUCCUCAGGGCCAAAGAGGACCACAGGGACUGUCUGGACCUCCCGGAAAAGCAGGAAGAAGAGGUCGCUCUGGUGCUGAUGGAGCUCGUGGUUUGCCUGGUGAAUUUGGCACCAAGGGUGAACGAGGAUUUGAUGGGCUGCCUGGGUUGCCGGGAGAAAAAGGUCAUCGGGGUGAUACUGGAACUCAGGGACCCUUGGGACCACCAGGAGAAGAUGGGGAGAGGGGAGGCGAUGGAGAUGUCGGACAACGUGGACUGCCCGGUGAACCUGGUGUUAGAGGUUUACUCGGACCCAAAGGCCCACCUGGUAUUCCUGGCCCACCCGGUGUGAGAGGUAUGGAUGGAAAUGUGGGACCAAAAGGAAAUCUGGGACCACAAGGUGAGCCUGGCCCUCCAGGACAGCAGGGAACUCCAGGGACACAGGGGCUUUCAGGGCCUCAAGGACCUCAGGGACCUCCAGGAGAGACUGGACCAAAUGGCAAACCUGGCCUUCCUGGAAUCCCUGGCUCUGACGGACCUCCUGGUCAUCCUGGUAAAGAGGGUCCUGGAGGCUUUAAGGGCAACCAAGGUCCAUCUGGUCCACAAGGUCAAAUUGGUUAUCCUGGGCCCCGAGGUGUUAAGGGAGUUGACGGAAUCAGAGGCCUUAAAGGACAUAAGGGUGAAAAGGGUGAAGACGGUUUCCCCGGUUUUAAGGGUGAUUUCGGUGUAAAGGGCGACAAGGGUGAAGGUGGAGUCCCAGGGUCAAGAGGAGAAGAUGGGCCUGAGGGUCCAAAGGGAAGAUCCGGCCCGCCAGGUGAUGCAGGACCCCUUGGAUUGAUUGGUGAGAAGGGCAAACUAGGUGUUCCAGGCCUGCCAGGAUAUCCCGGACGUCAGGGGACGAAGGGAUCUCUCGGUUUCCCAGGAUUCCCAGGAGCCAACGGAGAGAAGGGAGCUCGGGGUCUUUCUGGAAAAUCUGGCCCACGAGGAGAGAGAGGACCCUCAGGUCCGAGAGGACAAAGAGGACCUCGAGGCGCCAGCGGGAAAUCAGGCCCAAAGGGUACAUCUGGAGGAGAUGGUCCUUCUGGCCCACCGGGAGAAAGAGGUCUUCCUGGACCACAAGGCUCUAAUGGGUUCCCUGGGCCUAAAGGACCUCCUGGCCCACCAGGAAAAGAUGGAAUCCCAGGACACCCUGGACAGAGAGGAGAAGUGGGUUUCCAAGGUAAAGUGGGGACUACAGGACCUCCUGGUGUUGUGGGACCACAGGGUUCUCAAGGUGAAUCUGGUCCUAUGGGAGAGAGAGGACACCCUGGCCCCCCAGGACCUCCAGGAGAGCAGGGCUUGGCCGGUCCAUCUGGUAAAGAUGGUACUAAAGGAGAUCCCGGAACAGUCGGUGUUGGUGGAAAGGAUGGUCCCGCUGGUUUAAGAGGAUUUCCAGGAGAGAGAGGCCUGCCCGGUACACCAGGCGGUCCAGGUCUGAAGGGUAAUGAAGGUCCUGCUGGCCCAGCUGGUCCCGCAGGAUCUCCUGGAGAAAGAGGUGGACCAGGCCAAGGUGGACCCAUCGGGCCCCCAGGAAGACCAGGCCCUCAAGGACCUUCAGGCGCUGCCGGAGAAAAGGGUGUUCCCGGUGAGAAAGGCCCCAUUGGCCCUGCGGGUAGAGAUGGAGUGCAGGGGCCUGUGGGUCUUCCUGGACCGGCUGGACCUCCUGGAAUUUCUGGAGAAGACGGAGAUAAGGGUGAAGUUGGUGAACACGGACAGAAAGGAGGCAAGGGUAACAAGGGAGAACAUGGUCCCCCUGGUCCUCCUGGUCCUAUCGGUCCUGUUGGACAGCCAGGUACUCCGGGCGCUGAUGGAGAGCCCGGCCCUCGUGGACAGCAGGGAAUUUUUGGAGCGAAAGGUGAUGAAGGUACAAGAGGUUUCCCAGGUUCUCCGGGACCCAUUGGACUUCAGGGUCUGCCCGGUCCAUCUGGUGAGAAGGGAGAAACUGGCGACGUUGGUCCUAUGGGCCCACCUGGACCACCAGGACCUCGCGGACCAGCAGGACCUAAUGGAGCUGAUGGACCUCAAGGUCCUCCUGGUGGUGUAGGAAACUUGGGACCUCCAGGAGAGAAGGGAGAACCUGGUGAGACAGGAGUGCCUGGUGUCCAAGGAGAAUCGGGACCUAAGGGACCACGAGGAGAUAGAGGUGAAAAGGGAGAAUCUGGGCAACCAGGUGACCCCGGACCCCCAGGAGGAAAGGGACCUACUGGUGAUGAUGGACCUAAAGGAAACCCGGGUCCCGUUGGAUUCCCUGGAGAUCCUGGACCCCCUGGAGAGAUGGGACCCAGAGGACAAGAUGGAGCAAAGGGUGACCGAGGAGAAGAUGGAGAACAAGGAGAAGCUGGAUCUCCUGGUCCUACUGGAGAGAAUGGACCCCCUGGACCAUUAGGGAAAAGAGGUCCUGCCGGUCCUGCUGGUCCUGAAGGUCGUCAGGGAGAAAAAGGAGCUAAGGGAGAGGCUGGUGCUUUAGGUCCUGCUGGUAAGACCGGUGCUGUUGGACCUCAGGGAUCUCAAGGAAAACAAGGACCAGACGGACUUAGAGGCAUCCCCGGAGCUGUGGGUGAACAAGGUCGCCCAGGAGCAACUGGUCAAGCUGGACCCCCUGGACCUGUAGGUCCUCCCGGAUUGCCUGGACUCAAGGGAGAUAAUGGUGCUAAAGGAGAGAAGGGUCAUCCUGGUCUUAUUGGUCUCAUUGGACCAACAGGAGAGCAGGGCGAGAAAGGUGACAGAGGUCUGCCAGGUCCACAUGGUAUAAAUGGACAGAAGGGAGAACCCGGUAUUCCUGGUGUCACAGGUCCUAUUGGUCCAGGAGGUUCUGCCGGUCAACCUGGACCUCAAGGUAUUAAGGGCGCUAAGGGAGCCACGGGACAAUCUGGACCCAAAGGACAGAAGGGUGUACAAGGUCCACCUGGAGCCCCGGGACCUCCAGGGGAAGUCAUCCAGCCACUGCCCUUCCAGAUGCCAAAGAAGAACAAGCGCUCCAUUGACGCAAGUCAGAUCAUGGCGGACGAAACCGUUGCGGAUUAUGCGGACGGCAUGGAAGAAAUCUAUGGGUCCCUCAAUGCUAUUAAGAAAGAUAUCGAGCAAAUGAAGACACCUUUGGGCACAAAGGAACACCCAGCCCGCACAUGCCUGGACCUCCGACUGUGUCAUCCCGAGUUCCCAGACGGUGAAUAUUGGAUCGAUCCAAACCAGGGCUGCACCCGAGACUCUUUCAAGGUCUUCUGUAACUUCACAGCCGGUGGAGAGUCCUGCAUCUACCCCAGCAAGGACAUUGAGAAGGUUAAGAUGUCUCCCUGGAACAAUGAGAAGAGAGAGACCUGGUACAGCAAGUUCAGGAGUGGCCGUAAGUUUUCUUACGUUGACUCGGACAAGAACCCCAUUGGAGUCGUCCAGUUGACCUUCCUUCGCCUGCUGAGUAUCACUGCCCGUCAGAACUUCACCUAUCACUGCCACCGCUCUGCCGCCUGGCACCUGGCCUCUGGUGACAGCUACCAAAAAGCACUACACUUCAUGAGCGCCAACGAUGAGGACCUUUCCUUCCACACAAGUCCUUACAUCAAGGCUCUCAGAGAUGGCUGUUCGAUGAGGAAGGGCACCGACAAGACAGUGCUAGAGAUUCACACCCCACGCGUAGAGCAGCUUCCUUUGAUGGAUGCCAUGUUUAUGGACUUUGGAGAACCAAACCAGAAAUUUGGAUUUGAAGUAGGACCUGUAUGUUUUAUGGGCUGAGGCAAUUCACAAAUAGAGACAACCCCCUACCUAAUUUACCCCCUUCUUAAGAAAAAGGAGAUGUCCUACCCCCCCUUGCCCUUCAUUCCUCUACACCAGUAUUCAAGAAGCUCAGCUGAUGAAGAGCAGAAAGCAAGCCCUUCCAAUGAGGUGGAACAAGAGACCAAAGGCCCCCGGUCAACCCGUGACAAAGAAGACCUAAAGCUGGGUGGAUAUUCUGAUGACCAAAGAAAGAUUUUUUUUUUAUCAUAGACUUUUAGCUAGAAUUAUUUGUGGCUUUUUUAAAGCUAAGAGGUAAAGAUGACCGUCCCAUACCGAAAAAAGAAACGGGCGUAGGCUUCCCAUGUCCUACCAAAUUCAUUUUGUGGACAUAAAGAGCCACUUUUCUUUGCCGAUAAAGAGUCUUCUCUUUCUUAAUGUUUUAUCUCAAGCUCUUAUGUCUCCAAAUGAACACAUGCAGAUUCUUAAAAAAAAAUACAGGACUCUAUUUUUUCUUCUGUGGAUAAAUGAAAAGUUUUAAAUAUUAUUUAAAAAAGAAAUAAUAAUAAUAAAAUUUGUUAUAAAUUUCCCUUCUGCCUUGCACACAACAUGGGAAAAUAGUAAUAGAAACAGAUGUCCUGACCAGAUGAUCGUAAAUCUGUGAACCGGUUUUUACUAUGGUGCUCGGAGUAAAGCUUAUGUUUUGUCCAACAAGAUUAUAAAAAAAAAAAUCUCACAGGUGCUCAGAGUAUUACUGUGUAAUGUUUGUAAGUAUUUUUUGUAUUGUAAUAUAUAAUCUAUAAUUUUGCUGCUUUUUAUUUUUAUUUGUUUUUUUUUUGUUUCGUAUUCUUGCGCAUGUCUAUACAUGGACUUCCUGCCGGCCACUGUCCACUUCCUGCCGCCUCUCUCCACUGUGUCCCCUUAGAGCUGUUACAUCCAGUUCCUGUUCUCCGAUCUGCUCUGUGUCUAUAGUUUCCUCUUUUAUUUAAAUAAAUAAUGUGCAAAAGGUGAAAUCCA